ACUUAACUACACUGGGCUUAUGCAGACCUUAGAGCAAAAUGAUUGUUGGAAAAUUCACACCGGAUAUGCACAUUUACAUUUGAUAGCCAGACACUUGUCAUGCCAAAGGAGCAAUAGAAAACAGUCCAGUCAUGACAAAAUGGCGAGCGGAGUUGGAAAACAUAAAUUGCUGUUGGGCCCAACAGAGCCAUGGUCAAUUAGGGAAAAGCUGUGCCUCGCCUCCUCUGUCAUGAAGAGUGGAGACCAAAACUGGGUGUCUGUGAGCCGAGCCAUCAAGCCAUUUGCAGAACCUGGACGCCCUCCUGAUUGGUUCUCUCAGAAGCAUUGUGCAUCACAAUACUCUGAGCUCCUGGAGACAACUGAGGCGCCAAAGAGAAAGCGAGGCGAGAAAGGGGAGGUGGUUGAGACGGUGGAGGAUGUGAUCGUUCGCAGGUUGACGGCGGAGAGGAUAGAGGAGUUGAAGCGAUUGAUCAAGGACACACAAGAGAAGCACAGGAAACUGAAGAGAGAAACUGAACUCAUCCAGGCAGGUCAUCUAGACUCCAAACUUGAGGAGCUAUGGGAGGAAAUUACACGGAGCAGAAAACAAGAGGAAGAAGAAGCUGAGGUGAAAAGAAAGGCCACAGAUGCAGCAUACAAGGCCAGGCAGGCAGUGAAGAACACUCCUAAACGAGUGCCCAGUGUGACUGUGCGCUCCCCGUCUGGGGCCUGCUCUCCAAGCCUGGAUUUUCCUAUUGGAGAUUCAUCUGAAGAUCAUAGUACCACUGGGGCAGGAUCAUCAGUGUUUGUACCGCUGACGGAGCUGCCAGGUCCUGGAGUGGUAGAGGCGAGUUUGGGGUCGCUGCUGGAUGAAUCAACACAGAAGAAGCUUUUGGGUCAGAAAAUCACACCGCCGCCUUCCCCUCUCCUGUCAGAACUGCUGAAGAAAGGCAGUCUCCUGCCCACCAGCCCCAGACUGGCAGUUGAGGGAGAAUCUCCAUCUAGUCAACUUACAGGAAGUCACGAUAAUCAGAUGAUGACUUCUUCACUACCUGCCUCUCAAGCAGCUACAGGUGCUCCGACACUGUCUCGUCUGCUGGAAGCUGGCCCCGCCCAAUUUCCCUCUCAGCUGAGCUCAUUGGCCACUGCAGACUCCGCCCCCAGCACUGCCACCUCAGCAGUAGACACAGCUGCCUCGCUCAGCACAGGAGGUGAUGGAGCCCCAAGUGCUUCAGUGGAUAAUAAGGAGGCAGUUUUAGGGGAAGAGGACCUGGUAACUGUGUCCUAUAUGGCAGAAGAGCUGGACUUAGAGACGGUUGGGGACAUCAUAGCCAUUAUUGAGGAGAAGGGUGACGAGAACGCCGAGGCGCUGGAUGCUGCAGCAGUGGAGGCAGCUCUGUCUCUGUGUGAGGACACAGGUCACACCCUGUCAGGUACCUGGGAGCCAAACCCCUUCAGGCCCAUUGGCCCUGAGCCCUCCAGCACUUCAGAGGACUUGGACCCACAUCCCCUGCAUCUCUCAGAGGGGAAGAGAGACGGUUCUGACAUGUGUGGAUCCAGCAGUGGCUGCGCACAGGGUUACCCAACCUCCUCCACUGUCCCCUCUGUUCCUCAAAACCCUACUCCGACAGCAGGAGCCCAUUCAGAGCCAGAUACCCACAGACCAGAGCACAUAGAUGAGGCCCAGGAUGGGCGGCCAGAAUCACUGCAUGCUGUAAUCAAAAGUGAGGCUAACGAAUGGACACGGUCUCAAUCAGAUAAACAGUCAGAAGAUGACCCGGUGAUAAAACAGCACUCAAAGGAAGUGAAAGAGGAGGAGGAAGCCGUGAGUGAUGCAGAGGAGGGCAGUGUGUCGGAGAUAAAAGCUGGAUUAGAAAGGGAUGGAGCUGAGGAUUGUGGGGGAGAGGAGGAUGGAGACGGCAUUUAUCUCUCUGAGCCAGAGGGGGAGACAGAGUUGGACCCUCCGGCCAGCGAGAGCGAGGACGGCUACAGCAUGCAUACGGCAUCCUCUUCCGUACAGCUCCACACAACUGCGGACUCCAUUCCCAGCAGUCCUGCCUCCUCACAGUUCUCUAUCUGCAGUGAAGAUCAAGAAGCGAUUCAGGCUCAGAAGAUCUGGAAAAAAGCCAUUAUGCUGGUGUGGCGAGCAGCAGCCAAUCACAGGUAUGCAAAUGUCUUCCUGCAGCCGGUGACAGAUGACAUCGCCCCUGGUUACCACAGUAUUGUGCACAGGCCAAUGGAUCUGUCCACCAUCAAGAAGAACAUCGAGAACGGGCUGAUCCGCACCACAGCCGAGUUCCAGCGUGACAUCAUGCUGAUGUUCCAGAAUGCAGUGAUGUACAACAGCUCAGACCAUGAUGUGUUCCACAUGGCCGUGGAGAUGCAGAGGGAUGUUCUGGAGCAGAUCCAGCAAUUUCUGGCCACACAGUUGAUCAUGCAGACCUCGGAAUCGGGCAUCAGUGCCAAGAGCCUGCGUGGGAGAGAGGCCAACCGCAAACAGGAUCCCAAUGACAAGGACUGUGUUCCCAUGGCCUCUCCUGCAUUCCUUCUCUCUCUCUUUGACGGGGGCACCAGGGGGCGACGCUGCGCUAUAGAAGCAGACCUGAAGAUGAAGAAAUAAGCAGUUGGACUGGCCAGUGGGCGGGUUCCUUUGAAACACUAAUAAGUGACUGAUUGAUGAAGACAGCAUAGGACAAUCUGUCUGAACCAUUUCGCUAACACCCCCCUCCCCACACGCUUAAACAGAUAACUUGAAUAUUCAUGAGGGUUUCACUGGUGUGUGGUGUUUGGGAUUGGACAAUGAUAGGACUGCCUCAAAAUCUGAGUGUGCAUAUAUGUGUCUGUCUGUAUGUAACUGUUGUGAGAUGUGUGUUGUGCUGUACUAAAUUUGUUUUGUGUACGAAUAGUGCCUUUACAGGUAUUGAUGAAUGACCGGGAAUAAACAAAAGGACAACAA